AUGACGGGACGGGACGCUGUUUGUGAUGGGCGCGUCAGGAGCAGGGCCCUGGUGCCGGGCAGUCCCUCCACGAGUUCGCGCCCUCGAGGAUUUGCCAUCACAGACCUGUUAGGCUUGGAGGCAGACCUGCCCGCUCCCGCCGGUCCCGGGCCGGGAUCCAGCUGUGAGAGCCCAGAGACCUCACCGGGCCCGGGGUCUGGGCUCGGUGGCUCCUGCUUGGCGCGCGGCGCUCUCCCCUUGGGCCUGGGCCUCUUCUGCGGCUUCAGCGCGCAGCCACCCUCUGCUGCCCGGGCGUCCUGCCUGCUUCUAGCCGAUGUGCCGUUUCUGCCAACCGGAGGACCAGAACCUGCUGCCCCGCAGGUCCCCGGCCGGCCGCCGCCUGCGCUCGGUCUCCAGAAGCGCAGCGAGAGCUUCUCCACGUCUGAUGAGGACAGUCUUUCUGAAGACAGGAGUGAUCUGAAAGUUUCCCCUACCCUAGGCAAGAGGAAGAAGCGGAGGCACAGGACAGUUUUCACAGCUCACCAGCUGGAAGAGUUGGAGAAGGCAUUCAGUGAAGCCCACUACCCUGACGUGUAUGCCCGGGAAAUGCUGGCUAUGAAAACUGAGCUCCCCGAAGAUCGAAUACAGGUCUGGUUUCAAAACCGGAGGGCCAAGUGGCGGAAGCGAGAGAAGCGCUGGGGCGGCAGCAGCGUGAUGGCUGAGUACGGGCUCUACGGGGCUAUGGUGCGCCACUGCAUCCCGCUGCCUGACUCUGUGCUUAAUUCCACCGAGGGCGGUCUGCGUGGCUCCUGUGCGCCCUGGCUCCUAGGUAUGCAUAAAAAAUCCACAGGAAUGAUAAGAAAACCAGGAAGUGGAGAUAAGCUGGCAGGACUCUGGGGCUCUGACCACCUAAAAGAAGGUUCUAGUGAGAGCCAGGCUGGAUCUCAGAAAGGCUCAGACCAAGGGAACCCUGAGAAUGGCUUGGAAGAGGUGGCCAUUGAUCUCUCCAGUUCUGCUCGGCAGGAGACCAAGAACGUACACCCAGGGGCUGGUGCUCAAGGAUGUCCUCACUCCACUGGGCUGGAGGGGUGUCAGUCUGAGAAGGUGGGAGCCUUAUGA